AUGUCUAAAAAAAAAUCUAAUAAACGUCUUUUAUCUGAUAAAGAGUCUUCUGAUGAAGAUAAACAUAAAAGGAUUUUAUUGAUUUUAGCAAAUAAAAAAAAGGCCCAAGUAGAUGAAAUUAAAAGUUUGAUGAUGAUCAUUGCAAGAGGAAAACAAAAGGAAAUAGACCCAAAAGAUACAAUAAUUGAUUGGACAAAUGAUGAAAUAAAUUUUUCUAUAUCAACCUCUCGAUACGGGCAGCCUGACUCUUUGAAAAAUAUGGCCAAAAAGGCUUAUUCGUCAAAAUUGGAUGAUCAGUUAUUGGAAAAAUUUUAUAACGACAAAAUCCAACCAGUCCUCACUGAUAAUCGAUAUCAUAAUCCAGAGGUAUCAGAAAUCGACGAUGAAAGUCCAAGCAAAAGAUUGUCAUUAGAGACAUUAAGGUACAACAGAUCAUUAAAGUCAUACAUUGGAAGAUUUAGUAAUGUUAACUACUCUCCGAUCUGUGAAGAUAUGAAUAAUAUUGAAGAGAAGGAUGAUAGUCAUAAUGGAAACCAUGCUGACAGUUUUGAGAAGGAUAAUUGGAAUAGAGAAAGAAGAAGUAGAAGUUUAGUAUCGACAGAAUAUAAUAGUGAUUAUGAAAAGGACGACAAUUAA